AUGGCACCGACGGGACCGCUCUUUUUCGUCGAUGGCGGACAGCUCUUCCUCGACAGCCUAGCGGUCCGCGGUGGCUACACGUCCAACUCCACGGGCUCGUUCACCUACGCCGCCAGCACGGACGCCGCCGCCGACGGUACCAACAGCACAACCACCUCCGGCGUCAAUGAAACCGCCAUCGCCACCGUGGUGAUCAGCGGAGGAGGCGUUCACGCCAUCGACUCCAACGUGACCGUCACCGGGUGCGAGUUUGAGGAGAAUUACGCCGACUACUGGGGCGGAGGAAUCUUCGCGAACGGCUCGACCUUGGUCGUGCACGGGUCCGUGUUCCGCCGCUGUGAGGCCGGGGAGGUGCCGUUGCCGGGGGAUGAGGACGUCGACGGGGCCGGCGGCGCGAUCGGGGACGAGAUCGGGGAGGGCGGCGCCAUCUCCUUCACCGUGUGCAACACCUCUUUCGACGGCUUGGCGGCCUGCGGGGCCAACGACACCGUGUUCUUCAAGAACGUUGUAGGCCGCAAGGGGGGCGCCAUUGUCAUCGGCAGCGGUAGGAUUUCUUCGUACGUCGAGCUCCACCGGUGCACGGUGGAGAAGAGCGAGAGCGGCCUGGAGAUAGAGGACGACCCGCAGGGGGAAGCGGGCGCCGUGGCGGUAGCCUGGGGUAUCACCCUGCUCGUGGCGGACAGCCUGCUUACGGACAACUACUGCGGCAAGAAGUGA